AUGAAGCCGGCGGCUGAGACCCCCAAGGCACGAGCUGCUCCCCGCCCAGCUCGAAGGAAAUCAAUUGUUGUUUCGAGCCGAUCCAAGAAGCUAGAGGCCGACCGGAUUCCUGGUGAACCGACUCGGUCUGGGAAGAAAACAGGCAACCGCAAGGGUAAAGGUGCCCAGACUGAUCAGGGAAGGGAGGAGACCAUUCUGGCUUGCCCAGUGGCAGAGAAGGGCAAAUUGGAUGUGGGUGACUCCGAUGCUCAUGUGUUUUCGGAUGGAUCUCAAUCUGAUGAGGACGAGCUUCUCUUCAUUAUUAAAAGUAGGAACCCUCCUAAUGCUUAG